GUAAUUACAAAAUUACCUAUCAAAAGGGUCUAUUUAAACACCAGUCUCAUGGGCAAACCCCAUUUACAAUUACAAUCAAAUCUUUUCGAGAAAUCAAACUCAAAAGAUGAUGAAAUUCUUCUCUUCUUCUUUGCUUCUGGUUCUGAUUUUGAUGUUAACUAUAACCAGCCAAACCACCGUCACCGUCAACCACACCUCCAUUACCACCACCACUACCACCACCUUCUCUCCUAUGUGUGCUGCUGCUGAAUCUACCACAAUCGUGAGUUCAAAAGAAGGAUGUAGUAAUGAAUUAACAGAACUGGCAGUAUGCUUGCCUUAUAUUUCUUCACCACCGAAUAAUCUUACUGAUGAAGUUCCAUCUUCUUGCUGUGAUCGCUAUAAAUCUUCCUAUGGAACUGGUUACGUUACUUGUUUAUGUCAUCUUGUUAGAGAACCUUGUUUGCUUGGAUUUCCUGUUGAUAUCACAAGGAUGUUUGCACUCUCUACGGUUUGUCAUUCUGCUAUUCCGGUGGAUGGAAUCUCUCUCGAAGUUCUAUGUGAGGCUAUUUUGCCGAACUUGCGCCCUCUUGGAAGCACACUUGGAUCAGUGAUUUCAUUUUUACAGAGCCGUCAGCAUCGCCAUCAGAAUCCAAUGGGAGUCCAGCAGCAGCAACAACUAUCUUGCCAGCAAACGAAGCACAAACAAAUUCAUCCUUGCCAGCAGAUGAAGCACACACAAAUUCAUCGACACCGUUUCCCACCCAUACUGCCCACAGAAGCUUUGGAAGCAAGCUUUUACCUGAAUUGAAGCCGAAGAACGUUGUUACUUACAUCGGUUGUUACUCGAUCUUUGUACUAUGGCAUGCAUUUGCUUAGCGAUGGUGAGUAUGUAUUCUCAUGGGUGCACCCAUUGAUUUUUUGUUUAGCACUUGGGUUGUUUCCCAAUUGUGAUCUGUCGGUACACUUCUUAGGAUCAUGUGUUUUCACCUAGAUUGAUGAUGUCUGGUUUGAGCUCUUAUUGCUGCCUACCUGUUAUGAGUCUUCUCUUCCACAUUGUUGUCUACCACGGUACUGUUCUUUUAUUUUUAGUGUUGCUGAAUCGCCAAACUGUAAUAAUCUGUUAUCACGAUUGUUGAUUUUGAAAAUGUCAUGAAAUAAAAACAACAAAAACCGCAGUAAAAAAGCUCUAGCACUUAGCGCAUCUAACUGAUUCU